UGCUAUACGUAAGUACUAAUAUGAACAUGGUAUCCAUAGCAAUGGAAAGUUGUGAAUCUAAGUCCAUCCAACGGUAAUUAAAGGGAAUAAUAUUCCCGUCUAGAUGGGAAUUAUUCAACAAAAAAGUGGAUCCCACAAUCCACAACACACUCCUUCCUUGUAAUUUCCGUCUCCAUUUUUAUUAUUAUUGUUUUAAUCGCACCAAAGUCCACUUUCUUCAUCAUCCAUCCAUCCUAUCUUUUCACCCUCUUCCUCUGCUAUUCCAUUUCGCCUUUACCAUUUUUUCCAUCAUGCCCUCAAACUCUGCAUUUCCCCUUCACAACAAGAAGCCUAAUCUCCACCAAGAUUCUCAUCAAAUCGAUAAUCUUCCUCACGACCUUCUUCUCCACAUCCUUUCUCGCCUACCCAUUUCAUCUCUCAUUCAAUUUCACUCUGUUUGCAGGUCAUGGCGCCUUCUCGCUCAACACACUCAAGAUUUUUGUCAUAAAAACGACAACUUUCGUUGCUUAAUCUUCCACUGUGAUUAUCCCAUCAGAAAUCAGCUCUAUUUCGUCGAUUUCCCUCCUUUCACACAGCAUAAAUACUCUGUCAAGAGAAUUUUCACUCCUUUUGCAGCUACAAUGCCUGAAUACGACGUGGUAGGUUCUUGCAAUGGCUUCCUCUGUUUAUCUGAUUCUCUUUAUAACGAAAAGCUCUUUGUCUACAACCCUUUUACUAGAGACUACCUAGAAUUGCCCAAAACCAAGGAAAUUUCAAACCCAGAUGUGGUCUGUGGGGUUGGAUUUCACCCAGAAACCAAACAGUUAAAAAUCGUUAAAAUCGUUUACUCGAGAGGAUUUCGCCGUAUACAGAGACGGUUCCAUCACUCCGAAGUUCAAGUUUUCACAUUGGGAAGCUCUGAUUGGAGAAGUAUAGGCAGAAUUAACCACCAUCUAGCUCAAGGACAAUCGCCGGCCGUCGUCAACGGCAGACUCCACUGGGUUUCUCAGCCUCGCCGCUACCAUCUGGGUCGUACCAUCGUGUCAUUUGACUUAGCCAGUGAGGAAUUCAUAGACAUUCCAAAGCCAGAUUUUGGGAGCUUGAGUCGUUGUAAUUACCAUUUAGUGAUUCUAAAUGAUUGCCUCUCUGCCGCCGUCUACUGUAGUCAUGGCAAAAUGGAGAUAUGGGUUAUGAAACAGUACGGUGUGAAGGAAUCAUGGGUGAAAAGCUUCAACAUUGGGAGUUAUAUGCCCAAAGCUCUGAAACAAGAAGCAACGGAGAUGUCAUUCAAGGUGUCGAAAAUCGCACUACGAGGGCGAAUUGUUAGAGUUGUUUGCAUUUUGAAUAGUGGAGAGAUUUUGUUGGAGUAUAGAAACAGAGCUCUUGUUUUAUUCAACCCAAAUACUGGGAAAUUUAAGGAUGUGAGUUUUGAGGGAAUCCCUAAUUGGUUUCAAACUGUUGUUCAUUUCGGGAGUCUGAAUCGAAUCGAUUCCCUGUUCGAAUAGUAAUUGUAAGUUGGAACAGAGUUGAUUUUGAUUAUGUUUGAAUGGAAUUCCAAAUGGAGGAAUCUAAAUCAGAUGAUCAAUUCAAGUGUAGAAGUGAAAGUGGAGUAGAUUUUUACAGAGAAUCUGAGUGGCAACAGAGUUGGAGAAGGGUAAAAUUCCCUUAUCUCUUGAGAAUGUAAUCAAUAUAUUUAUGUACAAACUUUAUAGAAUUCACUAUUAUAAUGAUUAGGUAGUAAGAUAGUAGUAAUGUGUUCAACAUAGAAUGAAGGGUUAAUGUUGUAGAUAUUGUGAUGGCAAGCUCUAAUUCUCCUGUUUAAGAAGAUUCAAUAAAUGAGACGUAUUGAGUUUGUUAA